AUGCAACUAAAAAAACUAUUCGCCUCUGUGGCAUUGUUGGCUAUGAACCGAGCCUUUGUUCAUGCUACACCACCAACACCACCUACACCACCUGAUCCAACUGAAUGUGUUAGCUGUCACUACAAUACUGAAUGGGAAUGUACCCCUACCACCAUUACAUACUCUUCCAUGACUGUUUAUCAGGACGGGCCUACUUGGACUUCCUCCUUUAUUACAGGUGAAGUCACUUCUACAGACUGUGCAUCCACCGAAGUUACUAAGUGUUUCGAAGACUCGUGUAAUGAUGAUCCUUUAAUAACAGAUUAUGAACCUCACACUUCAGAGUGGUGUCAAUAUGAACUUACUUCUAUUUCAAUUGGUACCACUAGAUAUCCAUAUGAUUGUAGAUUUGUUAUUCGUCAUCAUGCGGAGUGUAGUACCUCUACUUUGACUUUAUAUGAUUAUAGCACUAAGUCAGUAUGCUCUGAUAUUACGACAAGCUUAGAUUGUCCAACUCCUCCAACACCAACACCAACACCAACACCAACUCCAACACCAACUCCAACUCCAACUCCAACUCCAACUCCAACUCCAACUCCAACUCCAACUCCAACUCCAACUCCAGAGCCAACUCCAACUCCAACUCCAACUCCAACUCCAACUCCAACUCCAACUCCAGAGCCAACUCCAACUCCAACUCCAACUCCAGAGCCAACUCCAACUCCAACUCCAGAUCCAGAAACGACACCAUGUGGUCCAGGCAAUUCAGAUAGUUCAUGUCUUCCUCCAGCAAGUACGGUUACUGUUCCAGUCACCUCUCUUGUUACCAUCUCUACUACCUCCUUUGUUCCACCACCACCACCAACCACCGUGAAGACUACCGAUUUCAUCACCACCAUUCAAACAUUAACUACAUGUAUUGAAGAAGAACCAUGCGAACCCACCACAACCACAUUAACAUUUACCUCUGUAAAGACCCAGGUUAUUUCUGAAUGUCUAACUUUCACUUGUGCUGAACCAGAAUGUCUUGAACCUCAAACUUUUACUACUACAUUGACUAUUGACUGUCCUGCCGCUGAAUGUACGCCAGCUCCAGCUUCUCCAGAAUCUCCAGCUGAUGUUGAUUCUGGUUCCGAAGGUUCUUCAGGCUCUCAAGACUCUCAAGAUUCUUCUGAUGCUUCCGAUUCGCAAGGUGCCUCUGAUUCUUCUGGCUCUCAAGGUGCUUCUGGCUCUCAAGGUGCUUCUGGCUCUCAAGGUGCUUCUGGCUCUCAAGGUGCUUCUGGUUCCCAAGGUGCUUCUGGUGCUUCUGGUUCCCAAGGUGCUUCUGGUGCUUCUGGUGCUUCCGGCGCUUCUGAUGCUUCCGGUGCUCAAGGUGCAUCCGGUGCAUCUAAUGCUGAAACCACCACCAUUCAACCAUAUCAUACUUUAGCUGCAGAAGAUGAAUAUCAUGAAUUACAAGCCUUUGAAGGUGCUGCCAAUAUGUUAGACACCAUCAACCCAUGGUAUAUCUUAGGUGCUAUUCCAUUAUUCUUAUGA